AAGCCAGAAGGCGACUUCACGGGUAAACCCAAAGAUGAUGUGCCGAGAGGGGAGAGGGCGCCAGUGGUGAAACACCCGGACCACCUCAAGAUGGAAGGAGAUUUCAUUGAUGGCAGGGACCGGCACUCGCCCGGCAAGGGGCAGCGCGCCCCCAUCGUGAAGCACCCAGAUCACCUGAAGAUGGAGGGUGACUUCUACGAUCGUCCCGAUGGGGAGGCACCGAAGGGAGUGCGUGCGCCUGUCGUUAAACACCCGGAUCAUCUGAAGAUGGAGGGCGACUUCACAGACGGCAGAGAUCGGCACUCGCCCGGCAGGGGACAGCGUGCUCCGAUCGUUAAGCAUCCAGAUCAUUUGAAGAUGGAGGGCGACUUCUAUGACCGCCCGGACAAGAAAGCGCCGACGGGUGUACGUGCACCUGUUGUUAAGCACCCGGAUCACCUGAAGAUGGAAGGCGAAUUCACUGACGGUCGCGAUCGGCAUUCUCCCGGCCGGGGACAGCGUGCCCCUAUUGUACAGCACCCGGAUCACUUGAAGAUGGAGGGCGACUUCUACGAUCGUCCCGACAAGAAAGCGCCGAAAGGUGUGCGAGCGCCUGUCGUCAAGCAUCCGGACCAUCUAAAGAUGGAGGGCGAGUUCACAGACGGCAGGGAUCGGCACUCGCCCGGCAGGGGACAGCGUGCUCCGAUCGUACAGCACCCGGACCAUCUCAAGAUGGAGGGAGACUUCUCUGAUCGUCCGGACAAGGAAGCUCCGAAGGGUGUGCGAGCACCAGUCGUCAAACAUCCGGACCAUCUGAAGAUGGAGGGCGAGUUCACAGACGGCAGGGAUCGGCACUCCCCCGGCAGGGGACAGCGUGCUCCGAUCGUACAGCACCCGGACCAUCUCAAGGUAGAGGGAAAGUUUACUGACACUCGUGAUCGUACGACAGUGACGCACGGGGAAAGGGCCGAUGUUGUUCGUAGAGAGGACAAUCUUCGCAUGGAGGGUCGGUUUGAGGACACCAGGGAACAGACCGUUGUAACUCGUGGCGAACGAGCCGAAAUCGUACGCAGAGAAGACAAUCUCCGCACAGACGGCAAGUUCCAGGACACUCGCCAACACUCUGCGGUUACACGGGGAGAGCGAGCAGACAUCGUUCGUCGGGAGGACAAUCUCCGCAUGGAGGGCAAGUUCGAGGACACCCGUCAACGCUCUACGGUUACGCAUGGCGAGCGAGCCGACAUCGUUCGCCGGGAGGACAAUCUCCGCAUGGAGGGCAAGUUCGAGGACACUCGCCAACACUCUGCGGUUACACGGGGAGAGCGAGCCGACAUCGUUCGUCGGGAGGACAAUCUCCGCAUGGACGGCAAGUUCGAGGACACUCGUCAACACUCUACGGUUACACAUGGAGAGCGAGCCGACAUCGUUCGCCGGGAGGACAAUCUCCGCAUGGAGGGCAAAUUUGAGGACACCCGUCAACUCUCAACGGUUACCCGCGGGGAGCGAGCCGACAUCGUUCGCCGAGAAGAUACACUCCGCAUGGAGGGCAAGUUCGAGGGCCGGCCGCGCGGAGAGGCGCCGGCUGGCGAGCGGGCGCCCGUGGUGCGCCAUCCGGACCACCUGCGCAUGGAAGGCAAGUUCGAGAGCGGCCGCGAGAUGGUGACGGUGAUGCGGGGCGAGCGGGCGGAGAUCGUACGGCGCAGCGACAACCUGCGCAUGGAGGGCGACUUCAGCGGCCGGCCGCAGCAGCAGGCGCCCGUCGGAGACCGCUUCCCCGUGAAGAAGCACUCGGACAACCUCCGGAUGGACGGCAAGUUCACCGAUGGGCGGCAGCAGACGACCGUCGGUCAGGGC